UGAUGAUGUAACAAUCAUGGGGCUGGAAAGCGAUGAGAACGGAACUGCAGAGAGAUCGAAACCUCAAUUGAGAAUUAUUUGGGGCAUGUAACACGUCACACAGUUCAGACAAAAUCAGAGCACACGAGAGAGCUCUUUCUCGUGUCAUUGCCGACGGUGAAUUCUCCUCCAGUUUUUCCUUCGGCGAAUCUCCAUAUUCUAACGUCCCCCUUUUUCAUCCACCAGUUUCCGUAACCGACUCUCUCUCUCUCUCUCUCUAACAACUGUCCCAUCACAAUACUUUAUAUACAAUACAAAACUGUGUCGGUUGUUCAAAAGUCUAUAUAUCUUUCUCUAUUGUUCGAGCUAUUUCUCUUCUAGUACGUUCUGGAGAUAUAGGGUUUUGGACUCUGAAGGUUUCUCCAUGGAGAUUUUGGUGUUUCUUUAGAAGUUUGCUUAUUUUUGUUGUUGUUGUUGUUGAGGGUUUGAAGCAGAAGACGACGAGUUAGGGGAAGAGGGAGAGUGAGAGAGAGAGAGGAGGGAUUGAAUGGCGGUGGAGUAUAAAUGUUGCGGGUCGGAGUUCUUUAUUCACAUAUUGAUAAUCGUGUUUCUGGUUUUGUUUGCUGGGUUGAUGUCUGGGCUCACUUUGGGGCUCAUGUCUAUGAGUCUCGUUGAUCUUGAAGUUCUCGCCAAAUCUGGAACUCCCAAGGAUCGCAAACACGCUGAAAAGAUAUUACCAGUUGUCCGAAAACAGCAUUUAUUGCUUUGCACGUUGCUUAUAUGCAAUGCUGCUGCCAUGGAGGCACUUCCUAUAUUUCUGGAUAGUCUGGUUACUGCUUGGGGUGCCAUCCUGAUUUCAGUUACAUUGAUACUUCUGUUUGGAGAGAUUAUACCACAAUCUGUUUGUUCUAGAUAUGGGUUGGCUAUUGGUGCUGCUGUAGCCCCAUUUGUUCGCGUUCUUGUUUGGAUUUGUUUUCCUGUAGCAUAUCCAAUAAGCAAGCUAUUAUAUUUUCUGCUAGGACAUGUACAUGUAGCACUUUUCCGUAGAGCUGAGUUGAAAACACUGGUUGAUUUGCAUGGUAAUGAGGCUGGAAAAGGUGGAGAACUCACACAUGAUGAGACAACAAUUAUUGCUGGAGCACUUGGGCUUACUGAGAAAACAGCCAGUGAUGCCAUGACUCCCAUAUCUGAUACUUUUGCUGUUGAUAUCAAUGCCAAGCUUGACAGGGAGCUGAUGAAUUUAAUUUUGGAGAAAGGGCAUAGCAGAGUGCCAGUCUACUAUGAGCAACCUACAAACAUAAUUGGACUUGUUUUGGUGAAGAAUUUAUUAACAAUUCAUCCAGAAGAUGAAGUACCAGUAAAGAGUGUCACUAUUCGCAGGAUUCCUAGGGUUCCUGAAACUAUGCCCUUAUAUGACAUCUUGAAUGAGUUUCAAAAGGGUCACAGUCACAUGGCUGUUGUUGUAAGACAGUGCAACAGGACAGAGGACCAGCGUUCUAGCAAGAGCCCUGCUCAUAAUUCAGUGACGGAUGUGAAGGUAGACAUUGAUGGUGAAAAGACCCCUAAUGAGAAGGCUUUAAAGGCCAAAAGAUCAUUCCAGAAAAUGAAAAGUUUUCCCAAUAGCGGAAACCAUUCUUAUAGGGGCGCCUCUAGGAGCAAGAAGUGGACAAAGGAAAUGUACUCGGACAUCCUGCAGAUAGACGGAAGCCCGCUUCCGAAGCUUCCUGAAGUAGAGGAAGCUGUUGGCAUAAUAACCAUGGAAGAUGUCAUCGAAGAGCUUUUACAGGAGGAGAUCUUUGAUGAGACGGAUCAUCAUUUUGAGGAUUCAUAACCGUGGUUUUGUUUAGACUGUUGUAUUUUCUACAUAGAUGGUGAUGAAAAAAUUGUUGAAUUUGUUUCAGCACUUGGCUACACAUGAGUUAGGAGUGUGUACUGAAUUGGAAAAUUUUAAGGCUGUGUAAAGAGAAAAAUGUGUUGUACUUCAGUUUCUUUAAAGUUUUUAUUUUUUUUUGGGUUAAUUACACUUUUCACCAUUAUAGUUUGGUUCAAAUUUUACUUUA